AUGUACAGAGUCUGCAUACACACAACAGAAAGCGGGUCUGCGGUCCGGAUAGUAAACGCAAAAACAGCCGAAUACAUUCUGAUCGGCGGGUUUGAGGGCAUGCAGAGAUAUACAUCCAGGAACAAAAUCAAGUGGCAAAAACUAUCUGUCAUGUGCAUAACCAGCAACUACGAGGUUAUUCCUGCAAUAUCCGCGGUUUUAACGCACGGAAUCCACGACCAGCAGCACACGGCAACAUGCAUAUGCACGGCCAGCGCGCAAAAGGCUGCGUCUGUUGUGGGGCUGAGCAUAGGAAACUUGGAGUUUUUUGAGCCGCAUGCCGGACAGCAAGGCGCCUUCUGGCACAUACGCACGAAGGAGACAGCAAAGGCCGUGUAUACAGAGGUCCAACUAAGCCCCAAGGUGGGCGGGUUUGAUGUGCAGAAGGCGGCGGCGCAUGGGAUACUGAGCAAGGCAGACAUUAUGCAAAUAAACAAGACAGGGAGUGUCUGCAUAGACGGGGUCACGCACUAUUUGGAGAAGAUGAGAAAGCCAUGUACUAGCUACCCAAAGAUACUGGUGAUUACGCUCUUAUGCAAGUGCGUAAACCCCGAGGAAAUACGUGCGGCUCUUGGGCCUGCUAGAUCUAGCGUGGACAUAAUCAUACGGGCUGCCCCCGAAGCAUACAAAGACAAAAAGGCUGAACACUUUGCGCUUAGCAAGGCCGAAAAUGCUGCCAAAGCAGCUGCCCGUGCGUAUGCCAAGGGAACCCCGCACCAUGUAAACGUGUAUGUGGUGAUGUGCACAGAAACCGAGUGCGACCGGGUGAAGGACUUCUACGACAGAGUCUGCCCGGAGUAUAAGGGGAUUGUAAGGCCUGUUGUGUACUCUCCAAAAUUUACACGAUUUUUUCACAGGUCGACAGUGCUGACAGACCGCUCAGAAAUUGAGUAUUCUAAAGAAGACAGGACAGUGCAUGCGCCCUGGAAAAGAGACGAACGCGCGUCUGGCUCAGUAAGCUUUAUCAAAGCCAGCAGGGAGGGCCAAGAGGAAAGCAGCCUUCUAUGCGAGGAUGUGCUAUACACAGUCUUUCUGGGGACGGCAGCAGCUGUGCCUGGGGUCAUUCGAAACGUGUCUUCUAUUAUGAUGUGCUCGCAGAGAGGAGCUAUUCUUCUGGACUGCGGGGAGGACACCCACACGCAGCUGAGCAAAAUGUGCGCGAACUACACAUACAACUACAGCGACAUAAAGGCGAUGGUUUUGUCGCACCGGCACGCAGACCAUAUUCUGGGCGCAUUUUCUGUGCUGAAGAGGUGCCAGGAAAGAAAGAACAAAACAGUUGUGCUGCUUGGGCACAAAGAAAUGGUUCCUGCUCUGCGCUACUUUGGGCUGUCGUGCAUAUUUGUGCAGAACAGCGUAGACAUCCGCGUCCGCAUACAUGUAGAGGACUCGAACGAGCACAUAUUCGUGGAAAAAGCCGGCGUCAGAGUGUACAUUUAUGUUAAAAAAACAGUUGAGUGGGGCGAAACAUGCAUAAACCCGCUGCAGUACAGGCUAUCCUCCAAGGACAAAGUGUAUUCUGCUGCGGUGCACUCUACUUUCCUUGACGCGCCCUUUAUUGAGUUUGUGAACGUGGAUGUGCAAGAAAAUAAGCAAGAAAGGCUGCAGAUUGGGGAGCUUUUGUACACAGUGUACAUGUGCAAUGCGCUGCACAUACACGACAGCUACAGCGUUCGGGUUGAUGCGCGCUCAGAGUCGGCGCCGUAUUCUGUUACAUACUCAGGGGACACGCUUCCGAAUAGAAAGUUUUCAGACCUGUCGUGGGGCGCAAACCUAAUGAUCCACGAAGGCACGUUUGAAGAGGAAGAAGCGGAGAAUGCCAAGUUCACCCACCACUCAACAACCGCAGAUGCAGUGAAGGUGUUCAAGGACGCGCGUGCAAAAAAGCUCUAUCUCACCCAUUUCAGCCAGAGGUACAAAACCAUCGAGAUCCCCGAGGAGGGUUUCCUUGCAAUGGACUACAUGGUGCACGCGCCAGGCUUGGAGUUCCCGCAGCAGCCGCUUUUCAAGGCGCUGGAGGAGUGGGCAAACGAAGAGUAG